GUAACAUUUUAUAUUUCGGUGCGUGCUCUGUGCUCCGCAUGCCGCUUUGCUGUUGUGUAUUUUUAAAUAAUUUAAAAUAUUCAUAUUCGUGUCAAUACAACACGGUCACGCAAUUCAAGCACACAUACACACGGGUAAAUCAUAAUUAAGUGUCAAAUUGUUGUUAAAAUAAUAAUAAAAAAAAUUAAAGAAAUCAGUUGGCGACAAAAACGCCGCCUCUAAAAGCGCAAUUAACCGUUAAAGUUAUUUACACGUUACAUAUUUACAUUCAUGCGUGCUUACGCGUACGUACAUGCUUGUGUGUAAACGCAUUAUAUUUUGUAUACCGCCUUCGCUAUAACAAUUGCCUAUGAUUAUUUGUGUACCAAUCAAACGGUGCAUUGUGUUUUGGUGCCAGUCAAACCAUUUCCGAUGGCUGCAUUUUAAGAAAAUGGAAACAUUUGGCGGCCUUUGGGUCAACGAGCAGCUGCAACAACUACUACAAAACGACGGCAGCUAGAAGAUACCGCGUGUGUGUGAGCGCGCAACAAGAACAACAACAGCGAACAUCAACAACAAAUAGCAGACGUAAUUUGACUCGACAACAGGCACAGCCACAACCACAGCCACAGCCACAGCCACAGCCAUAGCCAUGGUGAUAAGCAAACCCGACUCGUCGACAAAUGGGGCGCCGGCGGAAGCGGCUGCAGGUGCAGCUGCAGGUCUGGAUGCUUCUGCGAAUAGCAUGGGACAUAGGUCGGGCAUACCACAGGACCAAAUAGACAAUAUUUUGAGUGGCAUAUCCAACACGGGGGAUGUCAAAAUGAACAAUCAUCGCAAGAAGCUGCGGCAAAGAUUUGAUAUUAUUAAAAAGUUGGGUCAAGGCACAUAUGGCAAAGUGCAGCUUGGUAUUAAUAAGGAAACGGGCCAGGAGGUGGCCAUCAAAACGAUAAAGAAAUGUAAAAUCGAGGCUGAGGCAGAUCUCGUGCGCAUUCGGCGAGAGGUGCAAAUCAUGAGCUCAGUGCAGCAUCCCAACAUUAUACACAUAUAUGAAGUAUUUGAGAAUCGCGAGAAAAUGGUGCUGGUCAUGGAGUUUGCCGCUGGCGGUGAGCUAUACGACUACCUGUCCGAACGCAAGGUGCUUAGCGAGGAGGAAGCACGUCGCAUCUUUCGUCAGGUGGCUACGGCCGUCUACUAUUGUCACAAACACAAGAUAUGCCAUCGCGAUCUGAAGCUGGAAAAUAUACUGCUCGAUGAACAGGGCAAUGCCAAGAUUGCCGACUUUGGCCUGUCUAAUGUGUUCGACGAUCAGCGCCUGCUCGGAACUUUCUGCGGAUCACCAUUGUAUGCCUCGCCGGAGAUUGUAGAAGGCACACCCUACCAGGGACCCGAGGUGGACUGCUGGUCCUUGGGCGUGCUGCUCUAUACUCUAGUCUAUGGUUCCAUGCCCUUUGAUGGUUCCAAUUUCAAAAGACUUGUCAAACAGAUCAGCCAGGGCGACUACUAUGAGCCACGCAAGCCGUCGCGUGCUUCGACACUCAUUCGGGAAAUGUUAACGGUGUCUCCACAGAAGCGAGCCACCAUCGAGCAAAUUUGCUCGCAUUGGUGGGUGAACGAGAACGACAAUGUCUCCUGCCUUGAUUUGGCUGAGGAUUUGGCUAAUCAAACGCCGGUACGCCUCGAUGUACUCCUGUCACUGACACCUGCUGCCAUUACCGCAGAUCAGCUCGUGGUACCAUCAGCAGAGGGCGCAGCUGCCGCAGCAGCAGCCGCUAAGGCUGCGGCCAAUGAGCGCGUUCAACGCUCGCAUUCGGUGGGCUCUAUACGUGAUAUUGGUGGGCCCAACACAGAGGCAGAGCGCCGCAUUCUUGACAUGGUUGCUGCUGGUGGUGAAGCUGCACUGAUGCCUUCACCCACACGCACCAUAACACCCGCCCAGAGCCCCGUGCAAGCCAAGCGCAAGCUGCAGCCCACGGUUUCCACCGAGAACGCUGCCGGCACCACAGCCAAAAAGAAGGAGAAGCCGGCCAACAGUUCAUUUGUGGUCAGCGAAGCCACAGCACAAUCACUUGCGCCACCAACACCAACUGCACCACUUACACCAACACCAAUAACGGCGCCCCAGGCUAUGGAGACUGAGAGCUUUACCCCUGCUGACGAGCAGUCAACGUCCACGACGGCGCCCAGCUACUCGCCACAGGAUAUGCAGCAAGUUGGCAAUCUAUGCGAGCAACUUAUUAGCGAACCUGUUGCACCACUCGCCAAUGCGUUACCGCGACAGUCAACACGUCCCAAACUAGAUGCGGUGGUAGAAACACCCGAGGAGAAGGACGCCACCAAAGUGAUAAAAAAAUUUGUGAACAAACACAAGACCGCCGAUUUGGUGAAUGCGAUCAAUGAGAGUGCCACAGGAAAAGCCACGACCAGCAGCAAUUCUGCAUCGCAGCCGCCCCCCCUAGCACCCUUCGUCCGUAAGUGUAGCCUGCAGGAUGAGUCCACACUCAACAAGUUCAAUGCGGAUCGUCGCAAGUCACGCAUCCUAGAAACAGCAGAGAAGUUUCAACCGCCGCCUCCAAUAUCGACAGCGCCAGAGAAGCCUAAAAAGCUCAGCAUACCCGGCGUUAGCGUAGGCAGUUUUAAGAAGGAGUUCGAGCGCAAGGCCAUAAACCCGACUCCUGUGGCCGGACCCACACCAGGUGAGCGUCGCGCUCUGGAGCAGGUGGCCGCCGCAGCUGCUGCGGCUCAAGAGGCUGAGGCACAGGAAGCCUUGGUCACUCCACCACCUUCGCCAGUAGUGUCUGGAAACCUAGAGGCCAGCGAUUCCAAGAACUCCGUGACCUCCAUUUCGCUUGAAGAGGCGCGUCGCUCUAUGGAGAACUCGAUUGCGCUGCUGCAACAGGCUCAGAACGAGUCCAACAAGGAACUGGACCAGCUCUGCGCCCAAACAGAGACAAUUGGCGUUAGCGAAAUAACAGCGGAGGAGCGCGAGCGUAAGUUGAAGAAUGCACGCGCCAUAAUCGGAAACGCCAUACAGCCGGUGAUACGCAGGCCAACACCAUUAUUUGGCAUCGGCAAUGGCUUCGGCAGUGGCGCUGGCGCCGGCGGAAUUGGGGGCGGUGCAAUGUUACCGUUGCGCACUGAGAGCAGCAACAAUUUCACUGGCAAUGUUAGCAGCAGUCCAACCAGUGCGCCACCAAUUGCUUUAGCAGCUGCUAAGCAUAUGAUACAACAGCGACUCUUUUCGGGCGGCGUUCCUGGAGGGGCGAUAUCGACGCCACCACGGGCGGUCAUUUGGCAGCCACAAACGGCGUAUAGCACGGCAAGCAUAUUCCAGCCGUUGCCCACAAGCAGUCCAUUCAGGCAACUGCAGCAGCAGUACCAGCAGAAGUGCCAGGAGGCACAGCAGCAUCAGCGAUUUGCCAGCAGUGCCUUAUUUACGCCACCGCCCUCGCCGCUGUAUGCCCCCAGCCAUGCCCACGUCCAUGCCAGCAGCAACAGCAACAACAAUACGAUGCCAAUUAUCAAUUACAAUGUCAGCUCGCGUACGAGACCAUUUCAUAAUCAAGCUCAAGACACUCUUAAUACAUCUGCCUUGCCUGCGGCUAUGUGGCUGAAAUCUUCACCGGGCGGCGAUGCCUCAUUAGGCAGCGCAGUGAAAACGUCUACCGCAUCCAUUACGCUCAAAUCAGCGACGUUGCCACGUCGCAAAAUUAAUGCCAAAUCAGAGGUGCAGCUGGAAAUCAAGCCGCGUAUUCCUGAGCAGCCGCAGCCGGCGAUGCGCUUCAGCACCGAAAUGCAGCAUCCAGUGGCUGAUUUGCGCAGUGCGCCACCUCGCGAGGGUCCCAUACCAUACAGUCCCAUCAAGACCUCACUGCAGGCGCGAGCCACAAGCUUAGAGCCCAAAGAGCACAUCAUAACCAUACAGCGGCCACCAACACAGCAAGCUUAUGGACGCACCAACUCCAACACCACAAAUCGUUCUGGUUCGCUGUCACGUCAAUCCACUGCUGAAUCCGAGACGGAAACAGCAACGACCAUGUCGCAAUCAACUGUUACUGGCGGUUCGGGCAUCUCGCAGCCUAUUAAGAAGAGUCCACGCGAAGUAAUUAUACCGAUUUCCGUGGAGGGUAGAGGCUUAAUCACGCCACGUGAGCGCAGCAUUGAGCCUUCCGAGUCAGUUCACACAACCGCCUCCAGUCGCUCAACAUUCAGCCGACUGCGUCCAUCGCAUCGGAUUGGCUCACUCCUCAGUGAGAGCGGGUUCGAUGAGAGUUCGCCAUUCCAGAAGAUGCGCACAACUUCUAUUACUCGUGAUGGCGGCGAUGAUGAGUCGCUUUUUACCCCGCACAGACUUAGGAGCUCGAGGCCAGUCAAGAAAAUUAGCCAGGACAACGAUUCUCAAAGCUCUGGCGAGGAGGAUGACGACGAUGGUUUCGAGAUACUAACCGCGGAGAACUUAUUCUCGACUUUGCUGCAACGUGUGCGUGCUGUUACGAAUCGCAUGAACGUCAACAGUGACCUUACAGCCGGAUUUCCCAGUCAUUCUAGUCGCCUGCUAACGGAUAUCUCGCGGCAGGCACAAGGCCAUAGGUCCUUCUGGGGUCAGGGCAGUCCCUUCGGCAGCGAGCAUAGGUCACAAGUCAGUUAUAGCUAUACCCAAACGGUAGAAAAAAAGCAAGUCCGCCUCAACAGCGCCGGCAACAGCAGCGGUCUCGGUGCACCCUGGCGUCACAGCAUGUCCCGGGACUUGGGUAGCGAAAUGGAGUCGAUGUUCUCACGCACGGGCGCCACGCUGCCAAGAGGUCAUCACUUCAGAAGCGGUGCCAACAAACCUCGAUCACCGUCAGCCAAUGUGGAGAAUGGAGACGCCCAGAACACUAUAUAUGCGACUGCAACAGUUGGCACUGACGAAGAGCCGCUGGAUCUGGCCGAUUUGGAUCUGUCGCGCUUGCGACUCAGCAAAAAGGAUCUGGAAACGCUAUCUAGCAUUACCCCAGGCCUACCAAAAUGCUUUCAGGAGCAGCUGCUGGCCAAGCUGCCGCCAACGCAGGCCCGCAAAUUAUCUCGCACGCUAAGCGUGCAGAGCGGCGCUGCAACCACCACUCCGGCCAUUAAGUUGUACAAACGCAGUCAGAGCAGCGGUCGUGGAUAUCUGCCGGAGCAGCCAGAGGAGGAUUGCUCACCCAAACCGCAAACGGAUGCGCCCAAAACGACAGCAGCCAGCACAGCCAUCUAUCGACGCAGUUUGAGUCGAGCCCCGAGCCAGGGGCCAGCACAAGAAACUUCCGCAGCCGCAUUGGCUAACAAAAGCCGCAGCAGCAGCGUAUGCCGAGAUGACUAUGGCAAAUCCUCGUUAUGUAGCAGCAGCUACACUAGCGACAUUAAUGACAAGUAUAAAUACUAUUCUCCAUAUUUGAGUAAGUCUACCAAUGGAGCGGCGCUUACGAAGGAGGUGCCGGAAAAGCGUUAUAGUGCUGCGGUGGGGCGUCCACCAAGCGGCUACCUAUCGCCGCCGCCACAAGGUGCCAGUGUGGCCGUGGCCGACGGCAGUAGCUCCUUGCGUAGACGCUCCUCGCAGCGUCGAAUCUCACGCUUUCUGCGGCCCGACUUCUUUGAUGAACCACGCGAGCGUGACUCUCAAAGUGCCCUACGGGAGAUACGGGAAAGAUCCAGUGAUCGCUUAGAAACAACGGAGCUGCACCAUCGCAAGCACAGCUUGCCCAAUGUGGAAUCUGAAGUGGAGCCAGUACAAACAGCAAAGCGACAUGCCCGCAACAAGAGCAUGGAGCAGUUUUCUGAUGCAGUGGAAGGACCUCUGAACGCUGCACAGCAGCCUGUGAAGAGACGAAGCCAAUCACGUUCACGUGAACUUGAAACAGAACUCGAUAAACACGAGCUGGCUAACAAAAUACUGCAGGAGUUGCAGCUGCUGUCUUCGGUGCGCACGCAGAACGAGCACGAGCAGCGUUUAUCGACGGAGCAAGCAGCUGCUGAGACGCCACGGGGUGACAAAUCUGAAGAAACGUCCACCAUAAAGAAAUUGAAAAAAGCUAAGUCGAAGGAAAAGCAAGCUGAGCUAAACAAUGACCCAGACGCCAUCUCCACAACAACGACUCCGCUUGUCCGAAAAGUUAAAAAGGUGGUAAAUAAAACAGCUGAAUCAGAAGCAACACAAACCAAUCAGUUGCCCGCACCAAAGGAGACUAAACUGAAGCGACCCAAAUCAUAUCCCAUGAAGGAUCUGGGUCUAAGUCUCAAAGGUAACCCAGAGUUGCCUUUGCCCGAGUCGGCACCGUCAGCGCUGCCAAGCAAACUGCCUAGUAAACCAACCCCGUCGUCAACAGAGGCAACUACUGAACCAGCACAAAGAGAGAGCCGACUGAUGCGUCCCAAGAGCUAUCCAGCCACAAGGUUGACCAUGCCCAAGGAUUUCAGAAAGGUAACUCACAGCGGCGCCGCCAUACCCAGCAUAGCCGAGACUUCGCUAAAGGCGACGAGCGCAUCAAAUUCCAAGACCACGUCGGAAGAAAAAUCAUUAUCAGUCACACCCACAGGUGUAACAAGCUCACUGACUGAAAAGGACACUGGCUCCUCAUCUGCAGAGUCGCGUCCAACGACCACUAAGAAAAUAAUCAAAGCUUCCAAGAAAUCCAAGCUAGUGCCGCCUACACCAGUGACUCCAUCCACGCCCACAACCACAUCAACAACUACACCAGCCGACAGCUCCAAGGAGUCGAGUCCGGUGAUCAAAUCGAAGGAUAAAUCGCCUGAAAAAAAAAUCAGCAAGGGCCUGUUCUAUGCCAUAGGUCAAAAAUUCGAGAAGCUCCGUGACUCAGCAAUGAGCAAAGAGAAGAAAGUGAGCACGCCCAGCACAGCGCUGGCUUGCACACAGAAACAAGGCUCACCAGAGGAGCACGGCUCACUGGAGAAGUCGACAUCAACGCUGCUGCAAAAGAAGAAGACCAUGGAUGCGGACAAGCCACAGGAUGCUGCUUCAGAGGACAAGCGUGUCGACAAGCGAUCGCGCUUUGACACCAUGCUACGCUCGUUGCGGGAACGGUCCGUCCCACGCACACAGCCCGCUACCAGUAUCAGUCCCAAGCGAUCCGCCAGCGUUGAGGAGCUGCACGCCGACAGCAGCAGCAGCAGUGGAAAGCAGAGCGGCGCAGUUAACAAAAUGUUAGGUGGCCUUCUGCGACGCUUUGACCGGGAGAACAGCGAACAGCGACGCGUGCGUAGCACUCGUUCUACAAGUAACAUUGAGAGACAAGUGCGCGAGGAGCAGGACACAUUACUUCCAACCUCGCCCAUUUAUCAAAAUGUGGCCAAAACUAAAGCCGUGGCCGCUGAAGUGAACUGCAACUGUGACACGAUCUGCCCAGACUGCGUACAAAAUCAAAGCGCAAAGGGCGACAGCAUUGAGACGACGACGACACCAACAACAACAACAACGACGACGACAUUGACAACCCCGACGAUGUCUAGCUGCAACAUGCAAAGCAACAAAGAGAAACGCAAGGGUCUGAUGCUGGAUCUGAGCAAUGCGACUAGCGGAAACGCCUCAGGAGCCACAAGUGGCGCGGCGACAACCACAACCAACACGAGUGGCAGCUACCGUGGCGCUAAGACGAACCCGGCGCUGCUCAAUGGCAACGGGCUGUACUCGAAUUUGCCGCCGUACCCGGGCGCCAUGAAGAGCGCCUCCUCCAACAACAGCUCGAGUCAGCAAUCGGUGGAUAAUACUACCAACAACAACUCUGUCAAUACCAACAAUAACUGCAGCUCACAAACUUCGGGCUAUCGCACCUCGUCGGCGCACGAGAUCAAUCGCAAUAACCUGCUGACGCCUUCGUUCGAGAACAUUGCCAAUUACUCUUCGGAUUCGAGAAGUUACCAGGAUGACUGUGCCUCGACUUCCACGUUUAUGUCUCCCACCGAAGAGCCUGAAUUGUACUUUGAUAAUUGGUCUGUUUGCUCCGAGGACAACUACAUGCUGCAUGCAACGCCCUCUCCGACGGUGUCACGCCUUUCCCGCGCCUCUCAGCUGUCCUCGCCUACACGCUGCUCGGAGAGCUCCGAUCCCAAUGAGAGUGUAAUUGAUCGCAUUAAGCGACGCAGCUUCUACAGCCGCUUCAACGAGCAAAAGCCCAGGCGCACCAGCAGUAUUGUUGGCCCCUCAGCGGUGCGGGACUAUUACCGGGAACAGCAGGCAGCGGUGAAGGCGCGCUCCAGCCAAAAGUUGCAUGCACCUGAAGUGGAGACACGCGCUCAUUCCCCGGACAUUACUCAACAGUUUUUCAGACCAUUAAAGUUGAGUCCCGUCGGCACUGAGCUGAAGCCGCCCGUAUAUCGCUCACCGCUGGACUAUGCCACCUCUGCGUCUGGUGGAGCAACUAGCAAGCCUCGAAAGAGUCUUAACGACAUUCGCAACACAUCGCCAUCGUUCCUAAGCAGACGCUAUGAGCCGCACGACUAUAGCUCGGUGCCCAUGCGUUACAAAAGUUCCUCCAGCUCCAGUCCCAGCAAUGGCGCCGUAGGCGGCGUCAACGGCUAUUACAACACAUACAAUCCGAAACGUCGCUCUUCAUACACUCUAAACGGCACUCUGCCCUCCGGCACGGGAAGCAGCGCUGGCGCUAGCAGCCAUUUGGAUGGCUAUGCUACACUGGGACGACGCUCCAUUCGACCCUAUGACCAUCGCACCAUGUCGUUGUUGGAACAGCCAACGACAGGCACCAGCAGCAGCAGCGCGGGUGGCAGCUACCACCGACGAGAGACUCGCACCCCAGUUCGUGACUAUACCUCUAGCAUUUCACGCUCCGGAUCGCGCUACCGUACCUCGUCAGCUACGCGGAGUCCCACAAAUAUUUGAUGUUCCACACCGCAGAAUGGCUUCUGCAUUUUCUGCUACUACUCAAAACGAAAAAAGGCUGCUCAUGUUUCGGCCAACACAACUGCCUCCUCGUCAGCCUCGGCCUCAUCCUCGCGCGCCAGCAGUGGCAUCAAAAAGUUGAUGCAAUCCGCACAGACCCAUCAUAAUCAGCAUAGGUUCUAGAAAGCCAAGCGUUUAAUGCUGCCAAAGAUUGGGACAGCUUAGAUAUGACAAAUUCGAAAGCGGAGCACACAUUGAGUGCACCAAAUUAGACAUAAAUCAUUUUUGAUAUUUUUUAUAUAGCCAAAGUUUAGAUUUAGUGCAGAUUGCGCUUGAGCUCUGCGCUUAGUUGUCCCAUUAACUAAUCAAAUAAACAUAGUGGCGUUUCAGAAAUCAAAACAAAAACAAGAACUUAAGAACGUAACCGUGUAGUUCAAGAGUUAAAAUGGUCUCGGUCUUAGGUUCGACCGAUCAUUAAUGCCAUAUACGAUUUUCAAAUGAUUGUGCCUUGGUUCCUUCGGCGUUUUUAGAUUUAGCCCUAGACAUAAAGUUGAUUUAAUUUAUAAGCAGGGGAAGGUACAGGAGGGAAUGUGGAAAAAUGUUAGUUUUUUAACAGAUAUUUCAAAAAUAUUUUAUAUGCUAUUUUUAAGAGCCUCGCGCUGAAAAAUGCGUUAAAAUUUUACCAAUAAUUUUAACUACUAUUUUUUGCAACACAGAACUGAAUGAUUAUUUGAGAUAUUUCGAUUUGGCGAUAAUAUGGAAGCUUUCUUUCGUUAACUAGAACUAUUGAUGUUAUUGCAAAAUAAUAGAAGAUACGUAUAGAAAUAACGAGAGUUAAAGAUUCGGGUGUAGCGAAAACAAAAUGCGAAUUUAAAAUCUAGUGGGUAGAAAAUUUCAAGUAACAAAAUGUAAUAAAGCAUGAGAGUGCAAACAUUUUUAAAGAUCAAUAAACACCACGCAUAAAUACAA